AUGUUCACUAUCAACGAGGAAAAAGAUAAAGCCCAACAGUCUGACCGUGAUCGGGGCAAUCUGUCAAUAAGCCAGAGUAGUCCAAAUUUAGCCAAUGAACCUGUGGCCAAAGAAGGAAUAAGCCUUAUGAUGAAGCGGAGUCUUUUAGCUCUGCGUCAGUCCACUCUGCCGACUGUUUCAGAAAGGCACAUCUCAUUCCAGCGGAGUUUAUCCCACAAGCUGGACUUGUCAAAUGUGGAGUUUUCUGUUCACAGCCUGCCUCACAAAGAGCAGCCUUCACUUGGAAGAAUCAAGCCCGAGCUAUACAAACAAGCAUCAAUUGAUGAAAUGGACUCAAUCUGUGAAACAUGUGGGAAGUUGCAUUUUAGUCUGCAGUACAAUGCAGAAAAUGAAACUUUGUAUGUCAAUAUCAUUCGGGCUGAGAACUUACCUGCCAAAGAUUUCUCUGGCACAAGUGAUCCCUACGUGAAGGUCUAUCUGCUGCCAGAUCGCAAAACCAAAUUCCAGACUAAAGUUCAUCGCAAGACACUGAAUCCCGACUUCAAUGAAUCUUUUACGUUCAAUGUUUCUUACCAAGAGCUGGAGAACCGGAGUCUGCAGUUUAGCCUCUAUGACUUUGACCGAUUCUCUCGUCAUGACCUGAUUGGUGAUGUUAUUGUCAAGGAAAGUCUCCAAGACAUCACUCUGUCUAAAGAAAAACGUUUUACCUAUGAUGUACUCACAUCACACCAAGAAAAGGCUGAUCUUGGAGAGCUGAUGGUCUCAUUGUGUUACCUCCCAACAGCUGGACGUUUGACUGUGACAAUAAUUAAAGCCAGGAACUUGAAAGCUAUGGACAUAACUGGAUCCUCAGAUCCUUAUGUGAAGGUAGCCAUGAUGUGUCAAGGAAAGCGGAUUCGAAAAAGAAAGACAAGUGUAAAAAGGAGCACCUUGAAGCCUGUGUACAAUGAAGCAAUUGUAUUUGACGUCCCCCAAGAAAAUGUAGAAGACAUCUACUUAAUUAUAAAAGUAGUUGAUUAUGACCGAAUUGGUAGUAAUGAAGUGAUGGGGUGUUGUGGAAUUGGUCCACAGUUUUCUGGCCUUGGUCGAGACCACUGGUAUGAAAUGCUUGAAAAUCCACGUAAGCCUGUGGCUCAAUGGUAUAGUCUGACAGAACAUGUUCCCCACUCGAGCACUGACAGCACCCCAAAUGGAAACAAGGCUCAUUUGACCCGGAAGGAUACAACAGAUUCUACGGAGGGUAGUACUGUAUUCUGA